GGUUCCCUGCGAGAACACGGGGCACAAUGAAACCUGCUGUUGUCUCCUGCUGUUUCUACCUAUAAUCAGAGCAGAGACCACGGUUCCUGUUCCAGGUACUCAAGAGAUUUAAUCUGGGGCAUUAGUAAACCACAGAAAGACAUUGUGUAGGAUUUAAUUACUAACCCCCAAAAAUGAGCUGACCUGCCUGGAGCCAGGUUAGCUGGAGUGUGUAAAUCACAUACCAUCAAAUCUCGGCAUAAUUGGAAGAGAAAUAAUAAACGACUGUCACAAUCUGAUGAAGACCAGCCAACUUGAGCCGAUUAAAAACAUCAAAUAAAGAUGUGUUGCUUCUCUGGGCUCCUCCUCCAUUAUUGUGUGGGUGCCAGAUUUAUAAAUUGUGUGCAAUGUGAGAUUGGGGAUUUUUUUUCAUCCUCUCUUGAGUUUGAAAAUACCAUUAAGGAGCUCAUACCUAAGAUGGACCGUCCAGUUAGAGAGGUGGUGCUGGUUUUCCUGUUCAUUGCAAGAGCCCAGGUCUCCAGUCACAGUAAAACAAUAACGUGGUGUGUGGUGUCAGAAGCAGAAGAACAGAAAUGUUUGGAUUUUGCUGGAAAUGCCACUGCCAGGAACAUCAUUGGCAGACUGCAAUGCACCAGGGCGUACAGCACUUUAGACUGCAUGGAGAAAAUUAAGAAUGGCACUGCUGAUGCUGCCUCCAUGCAAGCUGAUGACAUUUACUCUGCAGGCUGGUGUUACGGUCUAGAGUUGGCUGCUGGGGAGUCCUACAAUGGAGUAGAUGGUAUCAGCUAUUACGUUGUGGCCCUUGCAAGGAGAUCCUCUGGUGAUCUCUCCCUCUUGGAGAUGCAUGAUCGGAGCUCGUGCCACCCUGGCAUCCAUACCACAGUUGGCUGGACGGUGCCCAUUGGCUUUCUGGUCAACACAUCUCAGAUCAGCGUGGACGAACAAUGCAAUUUCCCCAAAGCUGUAGGGGAUUUCUUUGGCUACAGUUGUGUCCCUGGAGUGAAGAACCCAGAAUAUGACCCCAAAGGCAACAAUCCCAAGAACCUGUGUGAAGCCUGCAUCGGGGAUGACAAUGAUAGAAACAUCUGUGCAAACAACCCCUCAGAGAGGCAUUUUGGGGAGGCAGGGGCUCUGAGAUGUGUUGCAGAGAAUCUUGGAGAUGUAGCCUUUGUUAAACACUCCACGGUUUUUGAUAAUGUGAAAGGUAAAAACCCAGAGUCCUGGGCCAAAGACCUGGAGCUGGAGGACCUGAAGUUGCUGUGCCCAGAUGGUGGGGAGGCCUCUCUCAGAGAUCACCUGAAGUGCCACCUGGCGGCCGUGCCGGCCAGCGCGGUGGUGGUGCGCCCGGAGGACAAAUGCAGAGUCUACAAGUUCCUCAACAAGUCUCAGAGGAUGUUCGGCAACGUCACGCAGGGCUUCUCUAUCUUCGAUUCCUCUGCCUACGGAGAGACGGACCUCAUGUUUACUGACGGAACCCGGAAGCUGCUGAAGGUUGUGGGCAGUUACUUUUCAUGGCUUGGCUCCAGUUACACCCGGGUCCUGCAGGCUUUCGACUGCGAAGGUUUAUGUUAAUAGAAGCUGCAAAUAACUUCUACCGCACAUCACAUUUCGUCAGCUGUAGCUUCUGAUGUGGUGACACUAGAAGAAUUGAACUCUGCUCCCUUCCCACACUUUCUGCCUUUCUUGUGCUUUUUAUACUGGUGUAGAAAAUUAAUUAUUAAUUUUAUUGCCAUUCCAGAUAAUUGGUUUUAGAGUCUCACAAAAGACAAUAUCUGGUUUCUCCAGUUCAAGGGAUGUAUUGUGUAAAUGGUUUUACCUACAAUAAAGGUCAUUUUAAGUGG